GACCAGGUAGAAGUUGAAAGCAAUGGGGUUUUUCCAAAAGCUUGGCCUCCUGCUCUGGAAGAACAUCACAUACCGCAGGAGGAACAAGAUCCAGCUGAUCAUUGAGCUCCUCUGGCCGCUCUUCCUCUUCGUCAUCCUCAUCGCUGUUCGCCAUUCACACCCUCCCUACAAACAGAGCCAAUGUCAUUUUCCAAACAAAGCCUUGCCGUCGGCAGGCACCUUGCCCUGGAUCCAGGGCAUUAUCUGCAACAUCAACAACCCCUGCUUCCAAAGCCCGACCCCGGGGGAGACAGUGGGACAAGUUGGCAACUUUGACAACUCCAUGUAGGUAAA